AUGCACGAAGCACUACUAAGUCUUCACAGCUCGCCAGAGAGCCUUUUGUCGGCUGAUCGGAGAUUCUGCUCCACCGCAGAUAGAAGCAUACGUCGCAGCACCCCGCAGGCGUUGCAACCGCCUCCGCCGUCUCGCUUACCGAGGCGGGCAACCUCUUCACCACUCACAUCGCCGUCGACCACGGCGGCGAUAGAAAGCACCAGCAGAGCAGCACGGCAUCGCGGCGCACCGCAAGGCUCCACUUUCUAUUCCGUCGCUGCCAUGAACACACAGACGCAAGAAGCACUCGUCACGUCGCACCUGCGCACGCCAGAUCCGCGUGAUAGUAGUACCCUCGAUCGCAGCCAGUGCCAGAGCGUAGACCUGCCGCCCAAGCAGCGGGGCAGCGUGCGGAAGCGGAGAGGCGGGGGUGGUAUGGCCUCAGAGGCCUCCUUUCGGUGCUUCCGCACCGGGCCAGGCGCCACGCUAGCUAAGGCGGCCGGCAUCACCCGCAGCGCCAUUGCAUCGGAUGAGGGGGACCGCAGUAGUGUGAGCGGACCCGGCGGACCGAGCAGCAGAAACGACACCCCGCUGAUCAUCGACUACUCCUCUAGUCCUCUCACGCUGGCGGUCAACAGUGCGAACGCGAACAAUGCCAUCAAAAACGCAAGCAGCGCUACGAGCGUGGACAGCGUUUCGAUCAGCAAGCCUGUACGUCUCAGCUUGACUCCACCGACGCCGCUUGUCGAAAUGGCACCCGUUUCAGCUUCUUCGAACACCGCACAGUCGAAGACGUCAUCGAGUUCUUCAGUGGUGCAGCCAGAGGUUGUGGCCACGCCGCUAUUCCUGAUGCGCCAAGCCCCGCUAAAGUCGCCUACCGGAGUGUCGCGCCACCGCAGUAGCCGCUCCCGGCAGGAUUCAUGUGCGUCUCUUUCCGCAGCGUCCACCGUCUCCGUAGAGGACCCGAGUUGCUCGCACUGCAGCCGCCGCGCGAGCUCCGCGUGCUCGUCUUGCACGGACACGGGAGUGAGCGGCUUUCCCAGGCCGGCGUUCAAUCGCCGCGUGCACUUCUUGUUAGGUGAUCCUGCCGGAGGUGGUCUCGCAGCCGCUGAGGGCCUGACGGCGUCUCUGCGGUGCAGCGAUGAAGCCGGAGCGCGGCUUCUGCUGUGCCCAUCGACCUCCUCGAUUGCGGUGCCGACGCCGUCGGAUGCCGAUCAAAGGCCGGCGUUCUCCGCGAAUAGCAGCAGUAAUAGCAAGUCCGUCCUGAGCGCGUCAUCUGAGUCUCUCCAUGGGCAUCUGCAGCUCGGCCCCUCCUUCGGUGGGGCGGCGACGCGCCCGGCGUUGUCUUCGCUGUCGCUCAACCGGUCGUCGACACCGCUUGUUCAGAGCGGUGGCGCCUCGGUGUUCUCGUUGCACCUCCACAAGAAAGAUGGGCGCAUCGAGGCGACGCCAUCCUUCGCCCCGGCCAAAAGCCCGGGCAGCAGUGGCAUGAGGGCCACCGAGGUUGGUGGUGUGUGCUUCCAUUCUGCUGUCUCCGCGACGACGGCGUCUGCGACGCGUAUCGCUUCCUCGCGGAGCAGUACCUCGGGAACCCACGCGACUGCAACCUAUCAGCCGGGCCAACCGCUGCCCAAGCCCGCGCUGAAGCAGGUCUCUCGAUACAGCGAAGGCUGGAGCGCCGCCGACAGUCGCACGGGUUCGAAACUCGUGAACGAAGGCAGCGAUCGAUGGUCGUGGUGGCGGUCUAACGCAGCGGCGGGUGCUGGCACGACAGCAUCCGGGUCCCCUGGGCCGCUGUCCUUGACGAGUGUGGUGGACCGGCGCUUCACCAGCUACUUGCAAGGAGCGCUUAUUUCUCGGCAGCGGCAUCGCGUGAACGCCGCUGAGGAGGCGUCCGCAACGGCAGGGAGAGCGGCGGUCGCCGGAGGGGUUGCCGCGAGGUCGCCAACGGCGCCCUCUUCAGUGCGAACUCCGGGCAGUCGUGGCAGAAGGGCCGAGCUACUAGUGAGGUUGUGGCUUGUGAAGUGGUCACUGGUGGGCAUGGUGGUGCUCGCGGCAUUCUUCUUUAUCUUGAUCGAGCUCGUCGCGGACUGA